AUGUCGGCCCUAUCGCCCCAGACCGGGAGGGUCCGGAAACCUCCGCCUAUGAUGAGAAGGAUCUCGACUCGCAGACAGUUGCCCCAUCGAGGCGAACAGUUCUCGGUCGACGACGACCCCGACGAGGUUGUGGAAGAUCGAGAGCUCCAUACCCCCACUACCCAGGCGUUUCCCACCCUGAACCGAUCACUUUCCACCGUCCGUCGUCGGACCGCUGCCGCUCCUCCGUUAUUACCGCGAGUCGAUUCUGCUGAAGAGGAGGUAGAGGAGCCCAUUCCUCAGGAGUCGGCAGUCCUGGCCGAAGAUGAGGCUGAGCCCGAGGUAGAGGAACCACCGCUCGAAGAGUCGGAAGAUGCAGAAGUGAGUGAUACUGAGAGCUUCACGUUGAAAGACCGGCAGCUGGCCAUCAAUGAAACGCAUCCAUUCGGUAUAAGGAUAUGGAAGCCUGCCCUAUACAAGAAAAGCAGGUCCGUCGAAAAAGGAGCUGAAGAGGAUAUCCAUUCCUCCCCCAGUGAGAUCGUCAGUAGCUGGUUGUGGUUCUUCAAUUGUCUGUGGACAGUUCUCUUCGGCUGGUGGCUGAGUGCCGCUGCCCUCAUUGGAGCCCUGAUCUGCUAUCUAUUUGCCUUCGACUCUAGCGCGGUCGCGUACGGCAGAGUAUUCCUGGGCCUGGCCAGCUACCUGUUUUGGCCUUUCGGCAAGUUCGUCAGGCUCGAGCAAGACGAAAACUAUGUGGAGGAAGACGAAGGCGAAGGUCGAAGCAUUAGCGAGUACGAACGAUGGCAGAGCGGAGAUCUCGAGUAUGGGCGACUCAUGUUCGGACCUACUCUCACCCACACCGGGUCCAUCGUUGGACGACAUCGGAACAGUGUAGACUCUGCCAGUGAAAACGACAGCUUGCUGGACCGCGGCGCGAGGGCGGACAGACACGACACCAGUGUCAGCGCCAAAUCCAAGCGGCGACUCUUUGGGCGUGGCCAGUGGACCUUGGGCCGGGUCAUCUUCUUCAUCUUCUACUAUUUCAACGUCGCUCCGUUGAUGCUGCUGGUGUCGCUGAUAUGCUGGUUGAUGGUUUUCUGGAUUCCCAUGGGUCGUGUCACCUUGAUCCUCUUCUACCACCUCCGGAAGCGCCCACUCGCUCUGACUUUCCAUCGUGACGUUUCGCACGCUAGGAGCUCGACGAAACCCACGUCGAUCCUUCUCUGUACCUACAGAGCGGUCGGUAUCAAAUACUGGAAGUACACCAUCGAUGGAACCAACAUCUUCCUCAUCAACUUCCUGGCAGUUGUCGCUUUUGUCAUCUUCGACUACUUCGUCCUGAAGGUGGCCGGCGGCUUGGAUUUCUGGCUCACGAGCCCAGCUCUCAUGUUCACGUUGGCACUCAUCUCCAUCAUCCCACUGGCAUAUUUCAUCGGCCAGGCAGUUGCAUCGAUUUCAGCUCAGUCGUCCAUGGGAAUGGGAGCCGCGGUCAACGCAUUUUUCUCGACCGUUGUUGAAGUGUACCUUUACUGCAUUGCCCUCAACGAGGGGAAAGCUUCUCUGGUGGAGGGGAGUAUUAUUGGCAGCAUUCUCGCGGGAAUUCUGUUACUUCCCGGGCUGUCGAUGUGCUUUGGUGCGAUCAAGCGGAAGACCCAACGGUUUAACGUCAGGUCUGCCAGCGCCACUUCGACCAUGUUGCUGUUCGCUGUUAUAGCAGCAUUCGGCCCUACUCUCUUCUACAAGAUAUACGGGAGUCAUGAGCUAAUCUGUCGGACAUGCACGGCAGGCGGUAUGGAGGCCCCUAGAGAUUGCCGACAGUGCUACUUUCGUCAGGUUCCUGCAGUCACAGACGAUUUCUUCGUCAAGGCGGUGCGGCCCUACUGCUGGAUCGCUGCCAUCCUCCUCUUCUCGUCCUACAUCAUUGGCCUGCUCUUCACUUUGCGGACUCAUGCCGCUAUCAUCUGGAGCACCGAUGACGAAAAGAAACCGCAAGCUCCCCCCACGGCUGAUGUGAGCCCACUGGAUACUCGACACCAAAGCAUUGUCAAUUCACAGACUCUGAGCAAGCCCGACGGAUAUUUACCUAGAUCUGCUAUCAGAGAGUCUCAGCUGUACAGGAAGAUCCUGGGUCAGUCUCUACGGUCAGCUGGUCUUCCAGACGGCGACACCAACAUCGAUAGAGAUGGCUCUGGGGCCCACGAAACGGCAUCGCAAAUCUCGGCAGUCGACCAUCAGAACAAGGGUGACUUGCCUCAUCUUGUCCCCCCGCGAUCGAGUCACGGACCCGAAGAGACACGUAGUCCCUCCCUGCAUCCCGUAGUUCCCGGGCUGUCGGAGGAAGACAACAAUAACCUUGUGCGCCAGGUGGCAGAACUGGCGGCCACUGCGGCUACCAUCGCGACUCGGGAUGCCGUCAAUCACCCGAACCGUGCGUCGUACCAAGCAACACACGCCUACAAAACAGAUCCCGUGAAAGGUCACAAACCUUCGGUAGUUCGCAGAGAUACCGUGGGAGACGAAGGCUACGCGAAUGCCGCAGCGGAGCAAGCUGCGCAACCAGCGGCAGAAGGUGGUGGGCAUGAUGCUCCCAAUUGGUCCCGGGCGAAGUCCUCCAUCAUUCUUCUCACGGCAACGAUCGCUUACGCCAUUGUGGCAGAGAUCCUGGUCGACACCGUUGACGUUGUCCUCGAUUCUGUGGACAUUGACGAGAAAUUCCUUGGCAUCACCCUCUUUGCGCUCGUACCAAAUACAACCGAAUUUCUGAAUGGCAUAUCGUUUGCGAUGAACGGCAACAUCGCCCUCAGCAUGGAGAUAGGCUCGGCGUACGCGUUGCAGGUGUGCUUGCUUCAGCUCCCUGCUCUUGUCCUGUUUACGGCAUUGCGUUGGCAAUUCAUCGACCCCAGCGGAUUGAUAGACCACACCUUCAAUCUGAUCUUCCCUCAGUGGGACAUGGUGACGAUCAUUCUUUGCGUCUUCCUGCUCAGCUACAUGUCAGGAGAAGGCAAGAGCAAUUACUUUAAAGGCAGCAUUCUGGUCAUGACCUACCUGGUGGUGGUCUUAGGCUUCUACUUCUCUGGCUUCACGAGCAUGACAGACAUGGGCGCCGAUCCGAACGAUACACUGGCCAUCAUGUCUAGCAUGGCGUGGCAGCAACAGCAUGUGCCUGGAGGAGUCACCACCACCCGGACCAUCAGCAGGAGGGAACUGUAA